AUGAAGCUGUUGGCCGCUGUCGCAAGCUGCAUCGUGGUCGCCGAAGGCGCCGCCAUCGGCAGUCAGAUCCAAAAUGCCCUCCAAUCCAUCAUGAGCCUCCCUUCUCCCUCCGCCAGCUCGUCAAAACCACCCAAUUUCCUCUUUGUGAUCACCGACGACCAGGACCUUGAGCUGGACUCUGUCGCCUACACCCCGCUCAUCCGGAAGCAUUUGCGCGACAAGGGCACCUUUUUCCGAAAUCACUUUGUGACCACCGCGCUCUGCUGUCCCUCCCGAGUCAGUUUGUGGACGGGCCGCCAGGCACACAACACCAACGUCACAGACGUGAAACCGCCAUACGGUGGAUACCCCAAAUUCGUUGAUCGCGGCUUCAACGACAAUUUUUUGCCUGUUUGGCUUCAGGAUGCUGGUUAUGACACCUACUAUACCGGCAAGCUGUUCAAUGCCCACACCGUGGACAACUAUGACAGCCCGUAUGUCAACGGCUUCAAUGGAUCCGACUUCCUCAUGGACCCCUAUACCUACUCCUACCUCAACUCCACCUACCAGCGGAACCAUGAGCCACCCGUCAGUUACGAGGGCCAACACACGAUCGACGUCAUCACGCAGAAAGCCCUCGGCUUCCUGGACGACGCUUUGGCGGGCGACCGGCCCUUCUUCGUGACCGUGUCUCCCGUCGCACCGCACUCGAAUGUCGACCCAGGUGAUCUAGCCGAAGGCAAGAUCGAGAUGAGCGCCCCGAUUCCCCUGGAGCGACACCAACAUCUGUUUCCAGAUGUAAAGGUGCCGCGCACCAAGCAUUUCAACCCGGACGAGCCGAGCGGUGUGAGUUGGGUACGUGAUCUCCCUCAGCAGAACCAGUCUGAAAUCGAAUACAACGACCACUUCUACCGAUCCCGUCUCCGUGCUCUGCAAGGUGUGGACGAGAUGGUGGACUCCCUCGUGGCGCGGCUGGAAGCGAGCGACCAGCUGGACAACACAUAUAUCAUCUACACCUCGGACAACGGCUUCCACAUCGGCCAGCAUCGUCUACCUCCCGGUAAGACUUGCGGGUUCGAGGAGGACAUCCGGGUCCCCCUGUUCAUCCGAGGACCGGGCAUCGCCGAAGGCUCCGUCCAGGAUUCGGUGACCACCCAUAUUGAUUUGGCGCCCACCAUCUUUGAGCUGGCGGGCAUCCCCCCUCGCGCGGACUUCGAUGGCACGGCCAUCCCGGUCACGCCGGCAUUCUCUGGUCGCCGCCAUGAGCAUGUCACGGUUGAAUUCUGGGGCUUUGCUGUGGCCGAGGGCACCUAUUCCAGGAUCGGCCCUGACGGUUCCACAAUGAUCCCCAACAACACCUACAAGUCUGUCCGUCUCUUAGGCGAGAAUUACAACCUGUACUACUCCGUAUGGUGCAACAACGAGCACGAGCUAUAUGAUCUUUCAACGGAUCCGUAUCAGCUCCACAACCUGUACCCGACCGCACGGUCCGAUGACCAGAGCCCCCAGAUUCUGGGUCGCAGCUUAUCGCAGGCGAUCGCCCGUCUGGAUGCCCUCCUCCUGGUGCUCAAGUCGUGCCAGGGCGUUACCUGCAUUGAGCCAUGGGAUGUACUGCAUCCCGAAGACCCGGUCUUCAGUCUGCAGGACGCGUUGGAAGAGCGAUAUGAUGCCUUCUACGAGAUCCAACCAGCAGUGUCCUUUGACUGGUGCGAUGCUGGCUAUGUUCUCGCUGCGGAGGGCCCCCAGGUGCCCCUGACUAGUCGCUAUGGCCUGCCGUGGGAUGUGUGGGUAUAG